AUGGAUCGCAACCGCUGCCACGCCGCCGCGGCCUACAUAGCCGCCGCCGCGGCCUACAUAGCCGCCGCCGCGACCUACUCAGGCGCAGCCGCGGCCUAUUCAAAAGCCGCGGAGGCCUACAUAGCUGACGGCCACGUCGGUAACAAAACUGCAGUCGCGGCCGAUGUCGCGGCCUAUGCAGCUUCCGUCGUGGCCUGCGCAGCCAACGCCGCGGCGGCAAUUAACGACCCCGUCGGCGACCCAUCUGCCGCCGCGUCGUCCGUCGUCGACAUCGCCUUCCGCCCCGCCGUCGCCCCUGCCGCCGACCCCGUCGACGACGUCAACAACCCCCCCGCCGACCCCGUCGACGACCGCGUCGUCGUCUCCGCCAACAACCUCCGCCGCUGA